CCGAUGAGGAAUGUCUUUGCCACUGUGAAGCGUCAUCGCCACCGUGCCUCUCUGCUCUCCCAAACUCUACGCCAUGAAAUACACCGAUGCGUACCUUUGGGAUGCCACAAGUAUAUUGAAAUUGGAUGGAAACAAGACAAUGGGUCUCCAUUUCACUCACUACAUAGACAUUCUUCUUCCACGGGUUUCACCAGCGUGCAUGGAGAGAGUCCGUCCGCGGAAUAUGCAAAGUUGAGGAAGGAGUCACUCGAGAGUGAAUUUGGACAUGCUCUUGGAGCUAAUCGCUCCAGAAGUUUUUCUGCUGCUUACCGUUUUGGUCCCUUUUUGGCUUUGUAUAGGGCAUCAAUUAUUUCUUUUCAUGUGUUGAAGCUAACAAUCUGGCAAUUCUUUGUUCAAGACAUAAGGAAACGUGCCAUCAAGUUUCGUGAAACUCUUAUCCGCUUGGGACCUUUCUAUGUCAAGCUUGGUCAGGCUUUGAGCACCAGGCCAGAUAUACUACCACAUGUAUACUGCCAAGAGCUUGUUAAGUUACAGGAUCAAAUACCCCCAUUUCCAACCCAUGUAGCUAUUAAGUCUAUUGAAUCCCAGCUUGGAGUUCGUGUUUCAGAAAUUUUUGCUGAUAUUAGCCCGCAGCCUAUCGCUGCAGCAUCCCUAGGGCAGGUCUAUAAAGCUCACCUGCACUCGGGAGAGCUGGUAGCUGUUAAAGUACAAAGGCCUGGCAUGUCACUUUCAUUGACCCUUGAUGCCUUAUUAUUCCACAUGAUUGGGGGCCAAUUAAAGCGCUUUGCGAAGGCCCACAAAGAUCUAUUAGUGGCAGUGAAUGAGGUGGUGAGGCACAUGUUUGAUGAAAUUGAUUACAUCCUCGAGGCAAAAAAUGCUGAACGUUUUGCUUCUCUCUAUGCUUCACAUCCACGUGACAGGAAAAAGGAUUGUCCAAAAGCUAAAGCUGGGAAAACUCAAAGACGUAAAGAGGCAAAUUGUAUAAAAGUGCCAAAAAUAUAUUGGGACUUUACCCGUAGAGCUGUGCUGACAAUGGAGUGGAUUGACGGAAUAAAGCUUACAGAUGAAAUUGGCCUAAAGAUGGCCUGUCUGAACAGAAAAGAACUCAUUGACCAGGGAUUAUACUGUUCUUUGAGACAAUUGCUUGAGGUGGGAUUCUUCCAUGCCGACCCACAUCCUGGUAAUCUUGUUGCCACUGAUAAUGGUGCUCUUGUAUAUUUUGAUUUUGGAAUGAUGGGUGAUAUUCCUCGACAUUAUCGUGUGGGGCUUAUUCAAGUGCUUGUGCACUUCGUUAAUCGUGACUCACUGGGUUUGGCAAAUGACUUCCUUUCGUUGGGAUUCAUUCCUGAAGAGGUUGAUAUACAACCAGUUGCAGAUGCAUUGAAAGCAUCCUUUAGUGACGGGAGCAGACAAUCUCAAGAUUUUCAGGGAAUAAUGGACCAGCUUUACAAUAUUAUGUAUGAAUUCAACUUCUCUCUUCCUCCGGAUUAUGCCCUCGUGAUAAGGGCUCUGGGAUCACUAGAAGGCACGGCCAAAGUUCUGGAUCCUGAUUUUAAAGUUGUUGAGAGUGCAUAUCCUUUUGUGAUUGGAAGACUUUUGGCUGAUCCAAAUCCUGAUAUGAGAAAAAUUUUAAGAGAACUUCUCAUACGCAAUGAUGGAUCUAUAAGGUGGAAUAGGCUAGAACGCCUGGUUGCAGCAAUAUCUGAACAGGCUUCUGAGUCUGUUAAAGAGUCCCCUGAUUCGGAGGAGAGUACUCCUAACCCUUUGAGAAGGAAAUCGUUUGACAUGCAUGCUGUUGUUGCCGCCACUGAAGAUCUUUUACACUUUAUUCUCUCUGAGAAGGGUCACAGGGUACGCGUAUUCCUUGUUCGGGACAUAAUUGGUGCAGCUGAUGCCUUUUUUCAGGAUGAAGUUGUUGGUUGCAUGUUCAAUGAGAAUCUCGAAGCCAGAGACACACUUGACUCAGAGGGACGUACCAUGCUUGCGAGGGUUGUAAAUGGGUUCCACUAUCUCAAUCAAGCUGUAAAGUUGGCCCCGGAGGUGUGGACAGCAAUGCUUCUACGCCUGGCGUUUACACCAGAGGUUCAUAGGUUUAUUUUAGAUGUCUUUUCAUCGCUAAUCAUUCAUUUUAGUGGCAAAAUCCCAGAAACUACUUUUGUUUCUCUAUCUAGGCUUAUGCACAAGUUGGUAAAGAACCGCAGCUAUUUUGAGCCAUAAUAUAUAUACUGUAUAUAUAUCCUUUCUGAAAUUUUAUAACAGCCCAUUUUUACUGCUUGUUUCA